CUUUGAGAAGCUUGGCACUUGGGUUAUUUUUACUGAAUUUCAAGGACGAAAGGCUUGGGUUUCAUGUCCUCUGCUCUGCUUUUCUUCCAUGUGGACCGUAACAAAGUGAGAGAAAAUAAUUUUGGGGUUUAGUUCUUGCGCUGUUGUUGCUGUGCCUAAAUGGUGUUUUCUAGUUGUUUUUUUGUUACUGCAAGGGUAAAUUUUUAGGGGUUUGCAGUAAAAACUAAGCGAUGAACAGUGGUGUUUCUGUAAUUAAAUUGUUUAUCUGUUUGUAAACAUGAGGAGAGAGGGAGGGGGAAUGAAUGUCUUUGAGUAGCAGAGAUUCACCAGGGAGAAGGGUAGCAUGUGAGCAAGUUGCUCGGCUUGUCUUCAAGGAUGAAUGAGGUGAAGCCUGUUCUCUGGUUUCCCUUUGAUUAUUAUUCAAGGGAAAAUGGUGGCAUCUUUUUCCAGUCGCUAGGACCUUUCUUAUAGAAAGGUGGGGAGGGAGAGGUUGGACAUGAGUAUGUGGGAAGGGACAUGCUCGGGCCGAGGGAAGCUGAUGUGCCUGGCCUCUUGGUGGCAUUGGUUGUGCUUCCACUGGUUGUCUACUUCUUGCUUGGUAAAUGGAAGGAAGCAUUGGAGAAGAAGGAGAGGAUAAAAAUCCUUGCUGAGUUAGCAUCUGAAGAGGCACUAAGAGCAGCGUCUUUGCCUCCUCCAUCACCACCAUCUGAUUCUCCUAUCGUGGGAUCUCCUUUCAAGGCUGGUCCGUAUGUUUGUGCUCGGUGCUUUGGGCCUGCGACUACUCGAUGCUCCAGAUGCAAGUCCGUCAGAUACUGCUCUGGGAAGUGCCAGAUAGUUCACUGGAGGCAGGGGCACAAAGAUGAAUGCCAACAGUUAGAUAUCAGCUUCACAAGUAGUGUACCAAAAUCAGGGUCCCCAUCCCCCGUGACGACACCUCCUGAUGUUUUCCUGAAAUCUGACAUCAAGAGUGCUAGGGUAGAUGCAGUUUUUUCCACAAGAACAAGCCAUUCUAAUGCGACUGCCGAUGCUGCAACUAAUAUGCCUCAUCCAUUAAAUGUGGAGAGAAGGCUUUCAAACAGCGAAGUUGACCUCGGCGAAUGUUUGAAGACAAGAUCUGCACUUGGGACCACCGAUAAACCUAGUGCUAGUGAUUCUAUUAAAACAUCUCCUGAGAAAGAGUCAGGACCUGUUCGUAAUUGUGAUGCCUCUGCAUCAUUGACAGAUGGUCCUUGUGAAGCUUCCAGAAAAGUAGAAACCAAACGCCUACUUGAGAUGGUCCCUCAAAAGCCUAUCAAAGAAACUGCCUUACAGGGUUCUCCCAAAGUAAGUACUCAAAGCAAUCAAAGCCCCCCUGAGAUUAGUUGUUCAUCUGAGAUUUCAACAUCUAAGAGAUCAUCAUCACAAAGCCACCAACCCAAAAGGACUGGACAGGCAACCUGUCAAAAGACCUCUGACUCUGCAAGUGGCCAGAGAAAGUUGCUUGUAUCUCUUGAUAGAGAUGGUGAAUUGAAGUCUUCCAAGCUGGAGCAGCCAUGCAAGGGAAGAACUGUGUCAGAGAGUUCCUCAAACAUGUCAGAAGCCAAGUUACAUUUAGUGCAGAAAUCAGAUGUCAGAAAGUACCCUAUUGCAGAAGCAGAAAAGAUCGGGAUCACUAUGGAUUCCAAAAUCUCCAAAGCGUCUGUGCCAAUAACUGCUUCUCCAAAAGGCACCACUGACACCUUGAACCUGAAUGAGAAGACAAGUCCAAGGAAACCUCUCAAACAUCCUCUAUGUGCUUCUGCUGAAGAUAAAGAUUGUUCAAAGAAGAGUAAGAUGCUUUUUCCCUACGAAGACUUUGUCAAGUUCUUUGAUUAUGAUGGGCUGGAGUUAUCUCCCAGAGGGCUUUUGAAUUGUGGAAACAGUUGCUAUGCCAAUGCCAUUUUGCAGUGCCUAACCUACACAAAGCCCCUGAUCACUUAUCUACUUCAGAGAUGUCAUUCAAGGACAUGUUGUGUGCGAGAUUGGUGUCUUACAUGUGAACUGGAGCAGCAUGUAUUAAAACUUAGGGAAGAUGGAGGUCCUUUAUCACCACUUGGUCUCCUUUCACAGUUGCAAAUUGGUGGUCGAAUGGGUAGUGGAAGUCAGGAAGAUGCACACGAGUUCUUGAGGCUUCUAAUUGCUUCUAUGCAAUCCAUAUGCCUUUCUGGUUUUGGUGGUGAGAAGAAUAUUGAUACCAGAUUGCAAGAGACAACAUUCAUUCAGCAGACUUUUGGUGGUUGUCUUAGAUCAAAGGUAAAGUGUUUAAACUGUCAACAUGAGUCAGAAAGAUAUGAAAACAUCAUGGAUCUUACAUUGGAGAUCCCGGCUUGGGUUGAGUCUUUGGAGGAUGCCUUAGCUCAAUUCACUUCUAUUGAGGAUUUGGAUGGAGAGAACAAGUAUCGGUGUGGAAGGUGUUCCACUUAUGUGAGAGCGAGGAAGCAGUUAAACAUUCAUGAAGCACCAAAUGUGUUGACUAUUGUUCUCAAAAGAUUCCAGACCGGGAAAUAUGGCAAGAUUACUAAAUGCAUCACUUUCCCAGCAAUGUUGGACAUGAUUCCAUUCAUGACAGGAACCGGUGAUAGUCCUCCUCUUUACAUGCUCUAUGGUGUAGUUGUUCAUUUGGAUUCACUAAAUGCCUCAUUUUCUGGGCACUAUGUAUCAUAUGUGAAGGAUCUGCAAGAUUCUUGGUACAGGAUUGAUGACACAGUGGUUGAACCGGUGCCUCUUAGCCAGGUUAUGUCUGAGGGGGCCUACAUCCUAUUCUAUGCGAGAUCUUGUCCACGUCCUCCAAGGGUUCACACAGGCAAAGCAAAUGCCUUGCGUUCUUCUGCUUCUGGUAGUUAUUGCAGAACCUCUGUGGAAAAGCCUCCACAGAACAAGCACCUGAAACUGCCACCACCUCCCUAUACUAAAAGCAGUGAAAAGACGGAAAACAGUAGCACUAGCAAAGCUGUUGAUUAUCACAUGAGGGAAGCCUCCAACCGUAUGUUGCCAUCUAGGAAAGAUUCAAAAUCUUUAACCAUGGACUUUUCAGAUGUUACAUCGAGUGAUAGCAGUUCUAUAUUCACAAGCUCAGAUGAUGGAUCUUUUACUACAGACAGUGAUAGAUACUCCGUCAGUACCAUGGAUCAUUCUGAGACUGAUGCAAUAUUUAACAGCUUCAACAUUCCGGAUUAUCUCCAUCGUGCUACCUCCUGUAAAAUGUUCCCUCCUUGUAGAAUGGAGACAAGAUACUUCUCAGAGAGAAAUGCUUAUGUUCUGGAUGCUUCCAUGCCAGCUCAUCUACCUGGCAAUGUAUAUACCGGAAAGCGUCUGGAACAGGUUGGUGCUUCUUUGAACGAGUCAAUGAACCCUGGAAGCAAUUGUAGCAUGUCUUUAAGGCAAAGAAACUACCCAAAAGAUGGCCUGCCUCAGACUUUCUGACUGAUAGUGGCUUUUCAUCUCUACAUUCUUGUAGUAUCAGCGCAUACCCUUGAUGUUGUGCAUCCCUUUGGUACAGGAGCUUAGCAGGCCCCAUGUGUUUUAGUCCUAUGGGGCCAUAAAUUAAAUUAUCAUGGGAUGCUGAACAAUUUUGUUUUUUUUUUUUUAAAUAUAAGAUAAGCUUUUUUGGUUUUCUCAGAGCAA